AUGGCUCCCGGCCAAAAGCGUAAGUACGCCCUUCUCACCCGCAUGAGCCAGAUCCACGUCGACGGCCUAAUCCCCCAAAUCGCCGCCAACUGGAACCAGCCCUCAAUCCUCGACUGCAUCCCCGCCGAGAUCCGCUACCGCAUCCACGACAACAAUGGCAAAGUCACUGAGGAGCCUGAGAACAAUCCGCAAAACUGGGGGAUCCAGUUCUUGAAAGAGCUGUUCGAUUUGUCGGACCACACGAAGGGCAGGCUCGAGGACGUGCAGCGGGAGUUGGCCGCGGAGGUCAGGAAGAGGCAAGAGGGUUGGGGUGGUGCUCCGUGGUUGCGAGAUUGGGACGUCAUCGAAGUGCAUAAGAGGUUUUUGAAGGAGGCGGAGCGGAAGGCAGAGGAGGCAAGGCGGGCUGAUGCAAAGGAGGGCGAGAGCUACCAAACUCUGGCCGGGGGAGUUGGUCUGAACACAGGCUGGACGGCUAGAGCUGAGGAGAAGUCGGAUGCGGACCACGUCGUUCCAAGCCGCCCCCAACCGCGUACGUAUGGCGGCCUUGGAAACAUAUAUCGCACUUACCGGAGACGCUCUCCAACGGACGCAGACCCCGGUGCGAACGAUGAGGCAAACGAGUCAGGAGAUGACGACAACUCCUCAAACAGCUCCGAGGAAAGCUCAGAGCCUGAAUCAGUGGAGGACUGGUAUGCCCCAGAAUCAGGGUCCCAGCUGACCCGCAAAAGGCUUCGACUUGGAGACACUCACGGAGCUCCUCUGUCGCUCUCUCCAGAUGAAGUAAGCCGCAACCAGAAGAUAUCGGACUUCUUCACAGCGGCUUCGAAAGCAGAGGCGCCUUUGGAGCCACCCAGGAGUUCAAUCCCUCCAGUUGAAGCAGCACUAACCCAACGAGUAACGCGCAGUAUGCGGCCUCCAUCGCAGACGCAGCCGACCAUCAGCGUCCCAGGAACUCCACCUCCUGCCUACGAACCCGUCCCACGCAGCGCCAACACUGCUCACACGGGUCUCCCAGAUUCCCCACGGCCAUCGACUCUAGCGGCCUUCUCACGGACUGAGCCUAUUCCACCAGGGCGACAGCCCGACCCACGUACGCGGCCGUCGAUUGUCCCCAUCUCCACAACAGUCCGCCGUCCGCACCGCUUACCCGCUCCACUCAGAGCGCCAAGUGGGCCAUUCUCCCUCGGCUUCCGCAAUGCACCUCCCCGCUUCUCGCCCGCAGUCCGCCGUCCCGAAGCCUUACCCGCUCCAUCCACAACAGCUCCAAUCCCCCCUCGCCUCCCCCGCCUCUCCCACCACCCCAUCAAGCGCGAGCCCACCCCCAUCCCCGCUCUAGCUAUCAAACCCGACCCCGACACCGCUGCCCUCACUCCCGCCUCUUCCAUCCACCCUACCCCCUCCACCCCCUCCCUCCUGCGCCUCGAAUACCUCGCCGCAGCCGCCGCCUCGCGCGCCGCGCAGCUGCGGUUGGAGAUGGCGCGGCAGAGACGAGCCAUUUCUCCUGUUCAAUUCUCGUAA